AUGGCGGCCGUGGGCUCGGGGCUGCGCCUCGCCCUGCAGGAGUGCCAGCACCAGUUCCGCCACGAGCGCUGGAACUGCUCCGCGCCGCCGCACGCCAGCCACGCCAGCUCCAUGCCCCUCGUCAUCAGAGUGCCCGUCGUCCCCGGCGCCAGCCACGGCGUCCCCAACAACCUGGGCCCCCUCGGCCCCCUCGGCGCGUCCUCGGAGCCGCAGGCGGCGUUCCGCUGGGGCGGCUGCUCCUCCGACGUGGAGUACGGCGCCAAGCUGUCCAGGACGUUCACGGACGCGGCGCAGCCGACGCCGCCGCCCCUCCAGCCCAACAGCCUGCUGGCGCCGCGCCUGCUCAUGGACAGCCACAACAGCAAGGCGGGCCGGAAGGCCGUGAAGCUGACGCUGCAGACGGACUGCAAGUGCCACGGCGUGUCGGGCAGCUGCAGCAUCCGCACGUGCUGGACCAGCCUGGCGCAGUUCCGCGUCGUCGGCGACCACCUGAUGGCGCGCUACCGGGCGGCCUGGCCCGCCGUGGCGCUGCCCGUGCCCGCGGCCCGCGCGCGCCGCCACCCCGUGGGGCUGCGUCUGGCCGUGCGCCACGCCCAGGGACACGCCCAGGGCCGCAACAGCCGCACCGCCGUGCACCAGCAGCACCUCCACGGCCACGCCGCCGCGCCCCGCCUGCCGCGCCGCACCGACCUCGUCUUCCUGCAGGUCUCCCCCAACUACUGCGACCGGGACAUCGCCCUGGGAUCCCUCGGCACCGCCGGCCGCGCCUGCAACCGCACGUCCAGAGGCGCGGACGGGUGCGCGGUGAUGUGCUGCGGCCGCGGGUACAACACGCGGCAGGUGACGAGCAGCCGCCAGUGCCACUGCAAGUUCCACUGGUGCUGCUACGUGCACUGCGAGGUGUGCACGGACCGCUACGAGGAGUACACCUGCAAGUAGCAUUGUAAUAUAGUAAAAGCGUCUAAUAAACAAGAAAAACUC